AUGCCACCAGCACGAAACAAGUUUGCAGUUGGCCAUUUCAUGAGGACAAAAAAGCAACUUAAGAAUUCUUUGGCCGAGGAAAAAGCCAAGCUAUCGCUAGAAAUAAAGAAUAGUCAACAGCAGAUUCGUCGACUUAAGAUAAAGGUAGGAUUUUUCACAACAAUAUGAAUAUAGAAUAUUAUGUUACUUGUAAUUCAUCAUCAUUAAUUUUUUUGACAGUCCAUAUUUAGACUACAUGUAUUUCUCUUGCCUAAAAAUAUGUUAUUGCUUUCGGCAUUGUUUUUAAUAGGGCCUAAUAAAAUUAAAAGCUUUCAUUACUUAGGCUAUAGCAGGUCUAUUGGCAGUGACAGCAUCAGCUGCUUACACAAUAAUAUGUGUAUAUUAAUUCAUGCAUUUAAUACAGCCAGAUAUACAAGGCAGCUCUAAUAUUUUAAUUAUAUAAGGGCAAGUGGUCUUUUGAAGUUUUCAGCUUGAAAAUAUAGUAUGAUUUGGUCAAGGCUGUCUUUAUGCGUCAGGCUUGCCCGGUCUUGACAGAUUCUCAAGAUUUCAUAUUGCUCUGACUUUGUCCUGGUUUCAUGUAAAUGGAACUGUUAAUCCAAGCACAGUAUCUAGUUAGCCGAGCUAAAAUGUCCCAUGCAAAAUCACCAGCAUGGCCAUUUAAAGAAGGCUGACUAACAAGCCAACAGAAAUAUUUUUGAAAUAUUUCUGUCUUUUUUAGUGUCCUCGAAAUGAAUAAAAUAGUUUCAAGGCUGUCCUCUGACUGAAUAUUUUUUUUCAUUAAUGCGAUUUUAAUGUGUUGUUUUGUUCUUACAUUAUUUUCAGGCGACAGCAAUUACAGAAACUAAACAAGAUCUACAGUGUAAAGUACCUUGCAAUGCUAACACAAAAUCUAGCACAGCUAAUGGUACGGUGUAUGCUAAACCCUGA